AACCCAUAUUUUGAGAAAACAACUGCUCAAGAACUACUGGUAGUACAAGCAUGCGCUUCCCCAGAAACGAAUCGAUGUCGGCAACACCCAUGUUGCUGAUCCUGGUGUUGGUCGCCGCAGUGAUUGAAGUCGAUGCAGGUGCAGUGAUGGGCAAAAUCCGCUCAGGCAAUAGUAACCCGAACUCCCGMAGCCUCAACAUCGAGAAUCAAUCCGGUCGAAAGGUGGACUUGUACUGGGUGAACAUGUUUGAGAAACCCGAAAAAUUCGUUCCGCARUUCGUCGAGGACGGGGUCAGCGUCGGCUGUUCCUACGGAGCCGACAAAUCCAUUAGCUCGUACGUGGGUCAUACGUUCGAAAUCCGAGAACUCCCCAGCAAAAAAACCGAAGCUUGCAUCUUUGAUGAAUGUCGCAAGGUCAGAUACACCGUCAGMAAUCGACAAGAACAAAAGAUCGUCAUCAAUAAGGACUUUACACUCACCGUCAUCGACGAGCGCCRAAAAGCUUACCAGAAGGCGGACGAAAUGUAUUCGCGGUGCAAGGAGAAAGCCGAUGCCGUCGUCGAUCCGCUCGGAUCCAUCGAGCUAUUGACAAAUUGCAUGCAGGAAGAAAUGACCCAAAAAAUUGCUGUCAACAAAGAGGAGCGAUCGUUUCAGUCCAAGAUCCAUCGGAAGAUGGUCGCAGAUCUUGUUCCGUUUGAGUGUGGCGACGUGAACAAAACAGACUCGAGAGAAAUCAUGAACACAACAUGGUCCUACUAUGAUUCCAACGACGAAUCCAACAAGGAUUACACGGUGAGAACCCUCCACGAGCURCCCACUUCCAAGAUUKUUGUCGUGGACGAUUUCAUUGCGGAAGGAACCUGCAAUAUCUUGAAAUCGUYGCGACAAGAAAUUUCCGAUGGCAAGAUUGGAAUUCCGACCAWSAUUGCAACCAAUGAAUCAAAAGAGUCCAAAAGAAUGCUAGAAGAGUUCUACAAAAUAUACGAUCUCAUCAAGACUAUUUUCCCGGAUUGGGAUGAGCUGGAAUUUGUUAGUGAUACGUUAUUCGACUUCUUCAAGGAUUCGGAUGGAUUMCAAACACCCUCGCAGCUUUGCGUSGGUCCAGAGGAAGUUGCCGGGGCACAUGACGAAAUAAAUGCCGGAAAACAUCCAAAGUGCAAGAUUCCGGGCGGAGAGCCUGUCCGGGCUUCUAGCAAACGGUUCGUCGUCGAAGAAAAAGGAAGCAAAAAGGGCCCUAAACGCCAGGUGGCGCAAUUCUUCCUUUUUUGCGACGAACCAGAGCAAAAGCUAGGCGGCGUGCAUUUUCCGUACGCCGGUGUCUACGUCGCACCCAAGGCCGGAAAAGUGGUGGGGGCCAUCCACCGGCAUGCCAACGAUCCUUCCGACGAACUGGAUGGCUACGUCGAUGAAUAUCAUUUUUGCCCGAACCACGAUCUCUACACACAUACAAUAAACCACAACAUUYCGGCGGAAUAAGUAGUGAUGGAAAGGAAGAGAGAACAUCCAUGAGGCAUCAUUCAUGGGGCAUYGAAUAGUGUGCUUGCAGGCGCAACGACAAGAGUCGUUGAGCACGGAAAAUCUAAAAUCUUGAAAUGGGCACAUAUUUGGUGUACGAUAAGAAUAAGCCACCUAAGGAAAG